AUUUCUGUUCUGGCCUUGGCUGUCUACGCAUACCUGCUGGUGGUCCUGCCAAUCCGAUGGGGCACUGAAGAGUUGACAAGUGGGCGAGCUCCGAGCUUGGCAGGCGUCUGGGGGAAGUUUGAACCCAGCAACCUGGGACUGUGGUUGGGAACGUCCAUCUUUGCGCAGGAGGCAGUUGUUGUCAGCCAGUGCGUGUACCAGGACACGCGCCUCAGGGAUCAUCGGGCCUUUCGGCCAAUCCUCGUGUCCAGCUUCCUGAUCUGUUCUGUUGCAAGCACUGCUCUAGCGGCCUUUGGGUGCAUGUGCUACGGCGACUCGGUCAAGCAGGUCUUCUAUCUCAAUUUCCCUGCCAGCAGCCUGGAUGUCACCAUUGCGGAGACCAUUCUUUGCCUGGUCCUGCUCCCCACCUUCGUCAUUCAGCUGUAUCCGGUGGCGAGAUGCUUCGAUGAGCUUCUAACUUGUGCAGGUUACGUCAGCCUUUCCUCGGAUGACUCCGACGAAACCUUGGAAGACUCCGAAGAGGGCAGAGGCCAAAGUUGCCUGGUGAAAGUCCUCGCGCGGUGGUUGCUCGUGAUCAUCACUUGCGUAGUGGCUGCGGUGGUGCCGGACUUGGCCUGCAUCUCUGGCUACAGCGGCAGCUUUGCGAUGAGCGUGAUUGGCUUCUUCCUGCCGCCGCUAUGCCAUCUGAAGCUACAUCACUUCCGCGUGUCCACGCUUGACUGGAUUCUGGACGUGGGCUUGCUUGCAGUCGGGGUGACCGCUCUUGUCCUGGGCGUCAGCAAUACGUCCACCGAUUGCGCAGAAGUGAGCCAGAGAGGUGGCAGGAGAAAGUGGCGGGCACCAUCCUUUGCGGCUUUCUGGGAAGGAAGCCGGCGCCCGCGCAUGCGGCUUUCCGCCGUCUCGGAGGACAACCUGUUGGGGCUGGAUCAGGACACAGUCGACUUGCACAGGAAGUACCACGAUGCGACCAUAACGUACACGGCCAUGAACAUUGACUGGGCACAGGACAAGGGCUACGAGAAUGAUGGGGAGCUUUCCGAAACCGAGCGGGAUGCCGUGGCUCGCGCGGCCCGAGCUCGGCUCUUUCGCUGGCCGGAGCUGGAGGACCGCGAUGUGCACGCGGUGGACUUCGGACCCGAGCGUCUUCGCUUCUGUAAAUCUGCAGAUUCGGCUGAAGCUCUCGGAGAUCCGGGAAAAAACGUUUUCGUGGUGAGCCAGAUGCGUCGUCCAUCCCGCUUGAGACAUGCGCUGAAUGAGCUGUAUCGCGAGGGCAUCAGUGCGAAUAUCGUCGAUGCCGUUGAUGGAGAUGGCUUUCGCGCGCAGGAUGAACUGGAGAGGCUUGGCAUCAUCCCUGUCCCCGGCUACGAAGGCCACAAAAACCACGGCAUCCACCUCACCACGGGGGAGGUGGGCUGCUUCAUGAGCCACUUCACGAUUUGGCAUCACAUGGUCAAGCACAACAUUCCAGCCGCCCUCAUCUUGGAAGAUGACUUCGAUCUACAGCCCGACUUUGCGCUAAAGCUCGGGGAGUACCUUGAGGAGGCGCGCGGCUACGACUGGAACCUCCUGUACGUUGGGCGCAGCCCCACCGAACCGGAUUGGACACGGCUGUCGCAGCACAUCGUGGAGCCAGGCUACACGCUAUGGACGGUGGGCUACAUCAUGCGCCUGGAUGGCGCCAAAGCACUGCUAGAUGCCCGUGUGGAGCGCGCUUUCGCGCCUCUGGAUGAUUACUUCUCCGUGGCCGCCGGCCGCGGGUUCGAUUGCUUCUACAAUGACAAGGUUUUGGAGUGGAAGCCCUACAUUCCGGUGCUUCUGCGACCAAUGGCUUUGACACCUCCCUUGGUAAUGCCGUACGUCGGUUCCAUGUUCCUCAGUGACACGGCGAAGGUCCGUGCCGCAACGCGGUAUGUGGAGGAUCUCCCGGUGUCCGUUCCUGAUGAGUAG